AUGUUUUCAUUCGAAAAUUUAACUCUUAAUAAUACAUAUGAGAUUAAAAUCUCUUAACCAAAAAUCAAUUAUAUAUAAUUGUUCUAUUUAGAUUCAAAAUAGGAAAUAGAAAUUAAAUUAAGAAAUGCUAAUAUCUUUUAUCCAUGUAAAAAUAUUAAGACUAAUUAAAAUAUUUUUGCUUAAUAAAUACAUUUAUCAUUAAGCAAUAAUGAUCAUGAAAUAGCUGUUCUAGAAUUACUUUGUAUGAAACCUCACACUAAUAUUAUUCACAUUUUCGAAAUUAUAAAAAAGGACAAUUAUUUUUUUGUGUUACAAGAAGAAAUCACUUAAAAUUUAGAAGAGUUUUUAAAAACUAAAUAAAAUUUUACUGUCUAAAUGAAGGAAAAUUUCUUUGGUUAAUUAGUAUAGGGAUUUAAAUAUUUAAAAUCUAAAAAAAUCAUUUUGAGAGAUUUGCAACCAAAGCAUAUAGCUGUGAAAACUAUAAGAGAUAAUGAAUAUAUUCUUCAAGUUGGUGAAUAUAAUUUCUAAUAUUAUAGAUUUAUGACUUCAGAUCCGCUGAAAUAUCAGAAAGUGGAAGAAUCAGUACAUUAAACGGAAUGUCUGAUUUUGCUGCUCCAGAAACAUUAAAAAAAUCUUAGAAAAUCUAAAGUUCCUGUUGUAUUUAUACGGUAUGAUGAAUUAUAAUUAUGAUAGUUAGGAAUGUUAUUGUAUUAUAUUUGCAAUUAAGGCUAGAAACCAUUUUAAGCAAAUUCUAUUAAGGAAUUGAUUUAGCAGUAGGAAGAAUUUCUUAGGAAAACUUUAAAUGUUCAAGAUAACUUUACAGAUGAUUUUAAAUUAAGAGAAUAUUAUCAAUAAAUGCUUAUUUAUAAAGCAGAAAUGAGAAAUUAGUCUGUCUUUGAAUUAAAUGAAUAAUAAUAAGAGUAUUUUCUUUUAGAUAACACUUAUUUUAUAAAAAAAACUGCUCAAAUAGGAAAUGGACAAUUGGAUUUUAUUGUUGAAGCAUUUAAUAUUGAAACUAAAGAAGAAUUAGUCUGUAAAAUGAUUGCAAAAAAUUAUCUUCAAGAUGAAAUCUCUAGAGAAAUAUAAAUAUUUAAGCAACUUGAAGGGCAUCAAAAUUAAAAUAUUGUUUAAUUAAAAAAAGUGACUGAAGAUUCAGAUUGGAAUUUUAUAAUUUUAGAAAAGUGUUCAAUGAAUAUUGAAUAAUUGUUAAAUGCUUAUCCAAAUGGCUUUACCGAUUUCCAAAUUAUUGAUUUUUUAUAAUAAAUAAUCACAGGUUAUUGUUAUCUAAAAGAUCAGAACAUCCUUCAUAGAGAUUUAAAACCAUAAAAUAUUAUGAUUAAAAUUGAUAAAAAUAAUUAUAAUAUUUACAAAGUUAUGUAUUUAUUCAAUAUUAGAUAAUUGAUUUUGGAGCAGGAAAAAUAAUCACUAGUUAAGAUUUAGGUAAUUCUAUUGUAGGAACUCCUUUAUUUACAGCUCCAGAAGUAUUAGAAUAAAAAUAAAGCCAUAACUAAUAAUGUGAUAUAUUUUCUGUAAGAAUAAUAUUUAUGUAAAGAUUGGAGCAACGAUAUUUUACAUGAUUUUUAAAAGAUAUUAUACAGAAUAAAUUAACUUAAAUGAUAUUAUAAAAGAACAAUAAAAAUUUGACACUCAACCUUUUAAAUGUCCAAAAUCUAAUAGGGUAAAUUGUCUAUAUAAUUAAGAAUCCUGAUAUUAUUUCGUUAAUUGAAAAAAUGAUAGUUUACAAUCCAUAAAAAAGAAUCAAUUGGGAAUAAUUGAAAAAUUAUGUAGUGUAGAAAAAUUAUUAAGACUUUCUUAAUCAUAUUUACAAAUUAUUUAUAUUUGCUCUUGAUUGUGAAGAAUCACUUUUUGAAUUAUAGGAAAAGAGAAAAGAUAAUUUAAAAAUUGUUGGUAUAAUAUAGGCUUAUAGAAAGAUCAUUUUAACACUUGCAUUUAAAACCUAAUAACAAUUAGAAUAAUCUAUGAAUCAAGGGUUUAUCAAAAUUAAGGAAAUUCAAUAUAAAAUAGAUAAAUAGUUUAAAUUUUAAGAAUGGUUGACCAAAAAUAAAUGGGAUGAUUAAAAAUAGCGAAUGCAACUAAAUCAAGAUAAAUUAGAAAGUGAAAAAUUUCAUAUUUAUGGUGUAGCUUAAGAAAUUAUUAAUAAUAUGAAUAUAAAAGAAAAUGAAAUUACCUUAAAUUUUAUGCAUGUGCAUAUUUUUUAUCUUAAUUUAUGUGAAGUUUUGUAAAAUACUAUUUUUAGUAUUUGCGAUUCAAUUAAACUUAAAUUUUACCUUGUGAAAAUGAAAAAUGUGUUUAAAGAUUUUAUUCAUUAUUAUCCUUUAGGAAAAGGUUGCUAAUAUAUAUUAUAAGUUAAUAUUUCAGAAGAAUAUAUGAAAGAAUAUUUAAUUUAAAAUUUAUGA